AUGGUCGACACGGAAGAACUUGCGAAAGGGUACACGCAUGUCAACAGCACCCAGUAUGACGCCGGACUCUUUCUUCUCAAGCGGCUAGGCAUCGCGCCAGGAAUGCACGUCCUGGAUGUUGGUUGUGGCACUGGCGAGCUCACAACUCACGUGGCUGGCCUUGUGGGGGAGGAUGGCAAAGUUGUUGGUGUUGAGCCGAGCAACGAGAGACUUGCCAUUGCGCGCGAAACAGCACCGCCAAAUCUUACAUAUCGGCAAGGAUUCGCCGAAGACCUGUCUUCAUUCCCUGCAUCGACUUUCGACAUUGUUUUCGUCAACUCGACUCUGCACUGGGUACAAGAUCAGCCAAAGGCGCUCAAGGAGUUUGCCCGUGUGCUGAAGCCCGGUGGCCGAGUGGGUAUUUCGGGAGGAUCUGGAGACUUUCUCACUCAUCAGGAGAGGAUAAAGGAGGACGUGCUUUCACGAGAACCCUACCGGCACUACCCUGAGGAAGCACCACCGAAAUUUCUCAAGCGACAAGAAAUCGAGAAUUUAGUUGACAAUGCCGGCUUUGCCAGGAAGGAUAUUGUUAUCAAUAAGAUCAUCAAGUCGACCAAGGAUGCAGAUGGUAUGAUCAAUUGGCUGGACACGAGCUCGUCGGGAAAGACAUAUGGUGGAAUACCUCUAGAUUUGCGCCCCAAGGCGAGAGAAGAGAUGAGACUGGAAUGGGACAAGCUGGCUACACAUGAUGGAAUUCAUAUGGACAUGGAGUUACUUGUGACUGUAGCCACAAAGUAG